AUGUCAACCCUAGAGGAUCUUGACGACCUCGAGCGUGAGCAGAGAGACAAGAAGGAUCAAGGCGACGGCGAUGGCAAGAAACCUGAAGGAGAUGGUGACGCUGAGAUGAAUGAUGCCGACAAGAAGGGUGAAGAAGAAGAAGACAUCCUGGAUGAGGAGAUCCUUCACUCCAGCACAGCGGACAUCGUCAAGCGACGGCGGAUGCUGGAGAACGAAAUGCGUAUAAUGAAAAGCGAAUACCAGCGGCUGACACACGAACAGAGUACAAUGAGGGAAAAGGUCAAAGACAAUCAAGAGAAGAUUGAAAACAACAGGCAGCUACCAUAUCUUGUCGGCAAUGUCGUUGAACUGUUGGAUCUGGAUGUCGAGGCCGAAGCGGCCGAGGAAGGAGCCAACAUUGACCUUGACGCUACUCGAGUGGGCAAGUCGGCUGUCAUCAAAACGUCGACUCGUCAGACUAUCUACCUGCCUCUCAUCGGUCUGGUAGAUCAUGAGAAGCUGAAGCCCGGUGACCUUAUCGGAGUCAACAAGGACUCAUAUCUUGUCUUAGAUACACUACCGGCUGAAUAUGAUAACCGAGUCAAGGCUAUGGAGGUCGAUGAAAAGCCGACAGAGAAGUACACAGACAUUGGAGGCUUGGACAAGCAGAUCGAAGAGAUCGUUGAGGCAAUCGUAUGGCCGAUGAAGGAAGCGGAACGGUUUAAGAAGAUCGGUAUCAAGGCGCCAAAGGGCGCUUUGAUGUAUGGUCCUCCUGGUACCGGUAAAACGCUUCUUGCUCGAGCCUGUGCGGCAGAAACAAACGCGACGUUCUUGAAGCUUGCCGGUCCCCAGCUGGUACAGAUGUUCAUCGGUGACGGUGCUAAGCUUGUCCGAGACUGCUUCGCUCUUGCGAAGGAGAAGGCGCCUUCGAUCAUUUUCAUUGACGAGCUGGAUGCUGUGGGUACGAAACGUUUCGACUCGGAAAAGUCCGGUGACCGUGAAGUGCAACGAACCAUGUUGGAGCUUCUCAACCAGCUUGAUGGAUUCGCCUCGGACGAUCGGAUCAAGGUUCUAGCUGCAACGAAUCGUGUCGAUGUUCUCGAUCCCGCCCUGCUCCGGUCCGGUCGAUUGGACCGCAAGAUCGAAUUCCCUCUGCCUAACGAGGAGGCGCGAGCCAAUAUCCUGCAGAUCCAUUCCCGUAAAAUGACCGUGGAAGAUUCAGUCAACUGGGCUGAAUUGGCACGUAGCACGGACGAGUUCGGCGGUGCCCAGCUGAAGGCCGUUUGCGUGGAAGCCGGUAUGAUUGCUCUUCGGAAAGGCAUGAGUAAGGUUGGCCAUGAACACUAUGUGGAUGCAAUUGCCGAAGUACAGGCCAAGAAGAAGGACACGAACAUGGGCAUCUACGUCUAA